AAGAAGACGAAAAAAAACAAUACCGAAGCAGAAAAGACUGCAAAUGUUUAGUAGAAAAACAUGAAAAUUUGCGUAACAUAUUCAUCAAACCUGUGAAAAUUGCGCCUGUCUGCGCUUUAACAUGAAUAUGAAAUUCGAUACUAGUGAAUUCAGUCGGCGUUUGAAACGAACUUUUGAUGGUAACAUAUCGUACAGAAAACUUUUCUUGUUGCUCUUUUUCGUGGCCGUUUUCCUCCUGUACAUAGGGCCUUCCUUUUUGCGAUGGCUAUUCGGACGAAACGAACCAGCCAAAGAUCACACUAUACGAUGCAUGGACGACCGAUUGACGCCCUUCUAUUUGCAACAGUUGGAAUACAAUGUAAAUAUUCGACAUCAACCAGCUUUCCCGCAUGAACACGAUGCAAUUCCGUACGUAGGCAAUGGAUUUUUCGGGUUGGAAAUUCAAGCGGAUGCUAAUUUGAACAUAUUUCGAGGCCGUGCUUUGUUGCAGCCGGUCAACUACCAUCCGAUUGUGAGCGUUGCUACCAGAGCCGGCAUUGGUACCAAUCGGGAGGCAACGGUUGUAGAGUACUUGACUGGAAUUGUACAUCGGUUCCAGUGUUUUUCGGAAGGUUACUUUGUAUCCUAUCAGUAUUAUGCUCAUCGGACGAUGCCUUCGGUACUGGUACAGGAGAUACAGAUCACAAAUAUGAAGAAUCAACUGAUGGAUGUGGAAUUGACCGUUCCGAGAGUAUCGGAUUGGGCAACGGCAGUUACCAAGAGUAUCAAACUUCAGCACGGUUCAACUAUUCUGGAUUAUCAAGUCAUUACAGGUUCGGUGGAUGCUGCUCCGGUUGGGAAUAAUGAUAAACGUGUUCAAGUUGUAUCUAUUGUGGCCCGUAAAAUGCAGCGUGUUCUAACACUGAAAAAAAGAGGCACUACUAAGUUGGAAAUUUUGUUAGCCAUCGACUACUCGGAGCCGAUAGCCAAGGAAAAAUACCUGGCGACAAAAGAUUCGACAGAGCAGCGGGCGAUUGAUGCGAUGAACAAGGCGCUGCAGGCAGCGGAACAUGGUGAACAUAACGCUUACUAUGCGUUAAAACGGGACCAUGUAAAAGUUUGGAACAGCUUGUGGGAAACCGGGUUCCAUAUUAGUACCUCAAAAGCGGAGAACACGUUGAACGGAAACGAUAUUAAUGCGACGAUGUAUGCCGUCAUCUCCCACAGCAGAGCGUACGAGUAUGAGAAUUUGAGCAGCAUUCAGAAGAAAACGGAUAUUGCGAAAGCAUUGACUUACGCCGAGGGAUGUUACGACAGCUAUCACACAUUGCAGGCGGAAAAUCUGUGGAAAAAAAUGACCAGCUUGGAGGAAUUAAACGCAGUGGUAGCCUCUUGGAUGCUGACUUUAGAAAAACAAGGUUGUCACAAUUUACUUAAGGCCGGUGCCAGUGGAAUCGUACAAGCAAUGGUACUCAGUUUUGGAGGGUUCCGUUUCAGUAACCAACACCUGGAGUUGAACAUUCAUCCGAAAUAUCUUCAUCGAGACUACGAUUUCCGGCGACUUAAUUAUGGCAACAUGACUCACGUUAACGUAUCUAUUGCUGUGCAGGAUGAUAAUAAAGCGGCUCUGUCCGUUGUUCUGGAUCGUUCCGAUCGUAAUUACUAUGCCUGCGAUGCCGGCUGUUUGGAUACUCCCGUCCAGCUCGGGCCAACUCGAACCAUAUUUCCGGUGAAGUUAACCGAACCGUUAACUUCAAUUCUCUACAUCACCUCGGACAAGGCGCACAUGGAAGAUCUCCGGCACGCAAUCCAUGUGAAAGAGGUGAUGGAAGCUCCAGCUCAUGAACAUCAUGUGAUUGCACUGCACAAACAUGGCCACUCACUCGGUGGGCUACCGACGCUCUUCUGGGUUUCGAUUUGCGUCAUCAUCAUCGUGUUUCACGUUUUCCUGUGCAAGCUGAUAGUGAAGGAAUACUGCGAACCGCCGGACAAGAUGCGCUAUCGAUACAGCAAACCGUAGAAGGAAUGUUUCAUUUAAGUUUUGCAACGUGUCCUUAGGCGUCCUGUAUGAUCAAAGCAAAGUGGGGUUCCAGAAUUUAGCAAUAAAUAAAUAUGAAACCUA